AUUUUGAACCACCAUGGAGAAGCAGAAGAAAGACUUCACAAAGAUAAAUGGAUAUAUCAAGGAGUUCCUAAAGUUUAAUAGAUAUAAUUCCACCCUUGACUGAUUCGAGGCUGAGGAAAGGACCAAGUAUGUCACCAAGAAGGCCAUCCAAACUGAAAUUAACAAGUCUCCUACUGAUGAUCAGAUGGAAGAAUUUCCUAGACUCUAUAGAUUCUUUGAUGCUGACUCUGACAAAACUGCCAGGGAAAAGAGGGUUGAAAAGGAGAUGAAGUUACUCCAGUCCAAGCAUUCCUCAGUGCUGAACUCAGCCAGACAGAUCUUUUCGAUCGCCAUUAACUGUUUGCAGCAUUUGCAUAAUUUGAAAGAUGGGAAUGUAUCUCAGGACAACUUAGGAGAAUCCAUUGAAAAUUAUAAAAUUCAGCUUGGAAAAUACCAUAAAAUCCUUCUUUCAGAGAUAAAAUCUGAAAAGUCUGAACUCUUCUCAGAGACAGUGAUGCAAGAGCACAAAAUCAAACUCAUUAAGGCUAAAGAUGAGAAAAAUGUGGAAAAUAUUAUUGAAGUCCUCCUCAGUCUUAGAGUUAAUGCACUGCAGAUCUCUCCUGAGCAAAGAAGAAGUCUUGUUGCUGAACUUAUUAGAAACGACAUCUUCCAGAUCUCAAAGGAGGGAACUAACAGCUUUGUACUUGAGCUUCUAGAUAUUGCAUCUCAUGCUCUGAAACAUGCCAUCUGCGCAUUGAUCAGUGUGAUCGCAAGUACUCCUCAAGGAGUCGAAUACUUGAUCCAGAUUGAUAUGGAGAUCAUCCGUAGAACUAUUGAAAUUCUUAAAGACCAAGAAGAUGGAAGUGUUACACAGAGAUUUUGCAUUGCCAUCCUCCAGAAAACAUCUGUCAAGGAGCAAGUCAUCCCAGUUCUAGUAGAGAACGGGAUGAUUGACUGGAUCCUUAACUUACUACUUAAGAGCAUCAAGCAUGAGAUUCAUAUCUUCUCAAGAGACUUUUCAUCAGCCUUGCUUGCGAACAUCUUACAUUGUGGGACUACUCUUGAGAAAUUGGAGGAGGAUAGCGACCUUACCAAGGACAUCAUGACUAAGCUACUUUCCUUAUUGAAAGAGAACAUUCCUUCUACAGUCUUGAUGCACAUUCUGAUCUGUCUCUCAUACCUCAGUAAAGAGAGGUUCAGCCAACAGAUAGAAUAUUGUGAUUUUGUUAACAAAAUCAGUGAUUUUGUGGAAUAUUACAACUCCUUGAGUACAUCAGAGAAUGAUGGUAACCCAGAAGUUGACAGAAAGACCGUCUUAGACCUCUGUGCCCACAUGUUUCAUCCCAAAGAUGUCUCAAAUGAUGUCUCCCAAACCAUGGAAUACAACGAAAUGAAGUGCGAGGAUAGAAUCAAGGAAUUUGAGAAUGCUGAAGGGGACCUCAUUUUCGAAUGCUUCCAAGACGAAGUCUCAUAAUAUUCUCCUAUAUUUGCUAUUCAAC